AUAUAAUUUUCCACAUUAGCAUUCAUCUAGUGCCGCCAAACUCUACAGUACCAGAUAUCCGACAACGGUACAGUGGACCUUGUUAUUUUAUCGAGAAAAUAUAAGGAAUUAAUUAAAACUUUCAGGUAGUUUUGCAGGUUACCAUCAUGGACUUUACAUCCAGUGCCAAUAGUUUCAUCAAGACACUACUGAUGACUUUGUUUGUUUUCAAUAAAGGUUACGGACAAUGGUCAGACUGGUGGAUGUAUUCCGGUUUUUCAGGUCCAUCUAAUUGGCGUAUCAAUAAAGACUGGAUUCUCUGCAGCGAGGGAAAAUUGCAGUCCCCCAUAAACAUCUCGGCUGAGACUUUACUCUUCGAUCCGGGACUAAAAGAUAUCUUAGUUACUGGAAAUAGGAUCAUGGGAAAUUUGACGAAUUUAGGAAAUGACGUAACUUUUUUUGUCCGUGGUGCUCGCUCGGUUACUAUAUCUCUGGGACCUCUACCUUACGUGUAUAAAUUAUCUCAGAUUAAGUUCCACUUUGGCAGGAAGGAUGGAAUGGGAACAGAACACACCAUAGACGGGAAAAGAUUCGACGCCGAGGUUCAUCUCAUGGCGUAUAAUUCCGAUCUCUUCCACAACUACACUGCAGCUGAACGUUCACCCAGAGGUUUGGCGAUCAUCAGUCUUUUUAUUAAGGCAAACCGGGAUACUACACAUACUGAAAUUAAUAAAAUAACCAGUGCUCUCAGCAAAAUUCAAUUCAGAGGUAAUACGACUCUAAUAGAAGAGCUCUCAAUUCAAAGCAUCCUUCCAGAAAACCUACAAUAUAUGACGUAUGAGGGGUCCGUAACGCAACCUGGUUGCUAUGAAACGGUCACUUGGAUCCUUCUCAACAGACCAAUUUUCAUGGGGGAACACCAGUUAAACGCUUUAAGGACCCUGAGGAGGGACACGCCGGAAAAUCCCCAGGCGUUUAUGUUUGACAAUGUCCGGCCCGUGCAAUCCCUACACAGACGGACGGUCAGGACCAACAUUAAUACGAAUACUAAAUGUCCAAUCAGGAGAGAGGUUCGGUACAAGGUGAAUAAGAAAGUUAUAAAGCAAUGAAACAGUCGAAAUUUAGACCAAUUCUACCUCAAUCAGAAAGACCAUCCAACUGCCCAACACAAGUCUCCUUAGGUGACCUCCCAUUCCUGUUUUCCGCCAGUUGCCAAAUACUGAACUAGUAUCCGCUCUAUCUAACCACCACCGGUGACCUUGUGUUUUCAUCGAUCCAUCAUUCAAUUCAACUUGGUGCUAUUUUUUUUUUAAGAUUAUAAUUUUAUUAAGGCUUUUGUGUUUAUCUGUGCAAUUUUGUGAAUGUAUGUAUAUUUAGUCCUGAUAUUAAAAGAGAAAGUGUCUUUUUUUGAGCUCGAAUAAAAAAACUUCUUUUCCUUUCGGAGGGAUUAGUUCCCGGAAG